UUCCGGACUUGAAUAAGUAACGCACCCGUUUCAUCAUGUCGAGGCACCUUCGCUUCCUCGCUCGGACGGUGAUGGUUAAAGAUGGUGACAUCCAGGGAUCGUACGGUGUUUUAAACAGGAUUUUGACUCAAGAAGGGAUCCUUGAAGCAGCGCACCGCAAACGCUACUACGAGAAGCCCUGCAUAAUGCGACGGCGGAAAAACUAUGAGUGCUGCAGGCGCAUAUAUCACAUGGAAAUGGCUCAAAAGAUAGCCUUCAUUUCCAGAACAAACAGAGAAGAUCCCUGGCUUGGCUGCUGAGAAUAUGUACAAGAAUAAACAUCAGUGAUGGACUGACAGCGAAACUACAUCAAAACAGUCUUUGUUUAAUCUAAAAGGACAUGAGGAAAUGUCAACCAGCUGCAAGACGGAUAUUUUUUUUGUUCGUAAAAUGAAGCAAAUGUGUAUUGAUGUGUGUUCCUGUUAAUGUUUAUCACUUCAAUAAAUAUGUCAAAAGUACAA